AUGGCAACCGCGAAUGAAAUUGAUUUCUCAGAAGAUGAGCUGAUCGAGCUCUCAUUUCUACGGGAUCUCGAGGCAGAUCAGCUGAUAGCGGAAAACUUCCUUGACAAAGACAGACAAUUAGAAUCGCCAUUGGAUGAGGAACUGGUCUUAGAGUAUGAAGAGCUCGCCCUCCAUGUCACAGCCGGUCGCGGGUAUCCUGCCAUUUCGGUCUCGUAUUACUGGGUUGACAACAUAUCACUACCUCGGACAUCUAUCAUCGAGCUUCGAGAGCAGCUGAAACAGCUCGUCCAUGAAGCAAACCUCAUCAAUAACCACUCGCGAUGGGAGGAACGGGAGGAAACGGGCUUCUACGAACCCAGCAUGGUGGUUCUGGACCUGGCCAAAACGACCAGAAACCACCUCGAGGAGUUCCGCAAGAAGACGAGACCCGAAGUGAAGGACCGCAAACCGCAGCUCGCUUUCGCAAUGAAGAAAGCAAGCACAGUCGCCUCGUCGCCCGGCGGCAAGGCUUUCCAAUACCUGCAGAGGACUACGGAGCAGAUAUGUGCUGAGGUCCCGUCGGCCUUCCGCGUCCUGCACGUGGAGCAGGUGCUGCGCGGGAACCUCGCGCAGGCCUUCGACAACCGGCAGGAGGAGCUCCGGCGCGAGCUCGACCGCCAGUCCCUCCGCACCCUGCGGCGCCACGUGCCGGCUCAGCUGCAGCGCAGCCAGCGGAGGGAGGACCUGGUCGAGCACCUGGCGCGGCCGCGGCUGACGUUCCACGGCACGCAGCGGCAGUUCGUGCCGUCCAUCGUGCGGCACGGGUUCCUGGCGCCGGGGGCGCGGAACCCGGGGACGGCGGCGGCGCACGAGGUGCGCUGCGGGUCGACGUACGGGCGCGGCAUCUACAGCUCGCCGAGCGCCGAGUUCGCGCUCAGCUACUCGGACUGGUCGUGCCACGCCACCCGGCCGGACCAGUACUUCGGGCUGAAGCUGAUUGUGUGCGCGACGCUCAUGGGCCGCGCGCGGCAGAUGUUCCGAGACGACAACUGGCGCGACCAGGGCAGGCCGUACGAGGGCGCCGACUCGCACGUGGCUAAUCGCGAGCUUGAGUACAUCGUGUUCGAUACGGCGCAGAUCAUCCCCAUCUAUGUCAUACAUCUGGACUGGGGCGAGGACAACGAGUCACACUUUGCAAGGCUGCCAACAAAUCCCACGCAGUGGGUCAAGCCUGCUGCGAAGAAAGCGGACCCCAAUGUUCUCCAGAACGAGCGCUCGCCGGAUGAAAUCCAGAGGGCGAAGCAGGCCAUGCAUGCCCGGGCAGCGAAGUGGUUUCCCUACGGCUACGGCCCUGCAACCGGUGGUAGGUUUGUCGUCGAGGAGGUUGGAGAAGUUGACGAGGACGACGAAGAGUAUGGAGACUACCAGGCUCUCAGAGGGGAGGAAGUCAAGGACAAAUCGAGUUUGGACUUCUGGACUUGGGUCAAGGCGGCAGAGGAAGAGGAUGCGGACCACGGCCUUACCGUAGAUGAGUAUCGACAUGAUGUCAGAGGCUAUGGUCCAUCUUUCUGGGAUAACAUUCCCGAGCCGGCUAGGCUAAGAGAAGGAACUGACGAAGAUUCUGACACAGAUGGCGGUUUCUGCCUCGAGCAGUUACUAACCGACAUUGGUGAUGCCCAGCACGUUGCUUGA